AUGCGGUGGCGGCUGCUGUGGCUGCUCAGCGCCGCCGCCGCCGGCUGCUGCUGGGGCCUCGCCGCGGGCAAGACUCUGCGGGGCGGCUUCACCAGCUCCGCCGCCCGCCGGGAGCCGUGGCGGCCCGUGGCGCACUUCCAGUUCCACGGUGACCAUGCUGUUCUGUGUGUCAGAAUCAAGAACGUAGCAGUAGCCGUGGCAAAAGCAGCUAGACUUCUCCUCUUUCAAGCACAGGAAUGGCAGAAGCUGGAGAACAGUGCCCCAGACCACAGCUGUACAGAGAAGUUCUCUAAAGCUCAGCUGACAAUGACUGUGAACCACACAGAGCAAAAUCUGACAGUGUCCCAGAUUCCUUAUCCGGAAACAUGGUAUGUGUUUUAUGUAGACAAGUUUACCUGCGAAGAGAAUUAUUCUGAAUCCGAGGAUAUUCAGUUUGAAAUGAUCUUACUAAACCCAGAUGCAGAAGGGAAUCCAUUAGAUCACUUUAGCGCAGGGGAAUCUGGAUUACAUGAAUUCUUUUUCCUGCUUGUCCUUGCAUACUUCAUAACUGCAUGCAUAUAUGCACAAUCCCUGUGGCAAACAAUUAGGAAGCGUGGACCUAUGCAUGGUGUAUUAAAGGUGUUGACAAUUGCAUUACUGUUGCAGGCUGGUUCAGCAUUUGCCAACUACCUGCAUUUCUCAAGUUAUUCUAGAGAUGGGAUAGGAGCUCCUUUUAUGGGAAGUCUGGCAGAAUUGUGUGACAUAAUCUCACAGAUACAGAUGCUGUACUUAUUGUUGAGUCUGUGCAUGGGUUGGACAAUGGGCAGAAUGAAGAAAUCUCAUGGCAGACCUCUUCAGUGGGAUUCCAGUCCAGCGUCUACCGGCAUUGCUGUAGUAGUUGUUGUUACACAGAGCUUCUUGUUAAUUUGGGAGCAGUUUGAAGAUACAAAUCACCACAGCUACCAUUCACACCAUGGCUUGGCGAGCGGGCUGCUCAUUGGCCUCAGAGUCUGCCUAGCUCUGUCCCUGGCUGCUGGGCUGUACCAGAUUAUCACAGUGGAGAGAAGCACACUGAAAAGGGAGUUCUACAUCACCUUUGCCAAAGCCUGCAUUCUCUGGUUUCUGUGCCACCCAUGUCUUGCAACCAUUGCUGUAAUAUUCAGAGAAUAUCAAAGAGAAAAGAUUAUUACCAUAGGAGUUAUCCUCUGUCAGUGCAUCUCCAUGGUUAUCCUCUACAGACUUUUUCUAUCUCAUAGUCUAUAUUGGGAAGUAUCUUCACUGUCAUCAGUGACAUUGCCACUAACAAUAUCCUCUGGACAUAAAAAUCGACAUCACUUCUGAGAUGUUUAGAAAGAAUAUAUUACGUAAUAAAUGUGCAAUAAUGACUUGAAUAUGCAGGUAUUUUUGUCACAAGUGCAUGAUACAUUGGUUUCACUGGAAAACUGAGUGAUAAUGUCAAAGCAUUUCACAGACCUUUGGUCUGACAAGAUUCCUAGAUUAAUGUGUUUAAAAAUAUUGUGGAGUUGAAUACUGAAGAGUAUUGAAAAAUAUUGAAGAGUUUUAUAGAUAAUGUUUAACAAGGGGUGCUGAGUUGUAUCACAGAAGAGUACAAUGAAUCUUUUCUCUCCCAUUCAUGGACACCAAAAAUGCCAUUACUUUGUGUCAGUACUAGGUUUGAAGGUCUUAUAAAAUGGAGUUCCUAAAACAUCUACGUGCUCAAACAAGUUUAAAAUAGGCCAGUUGUGAAAUUGGUGUGAUGCAUAACGAUGAGUAAAAGGGUUUUUUUUUGUUUUCAUGCUUUAGAGAAAAUGCAUUUUAUGUAUCAGUGUAAAAGACAGGGAAAGAAAGGAGGGAGAAUCAUCUAGAAAACAUAUGUAAAAUGUUCACAACUGACUGCAAGAAACCUUCCUUUAUCAUAGGUGUAAAAGAAAAGCCUUUUUUUGCAUCUAAUGUUCAUACUGGUUAAAAUCCUAAUGGGAAUGUAAAUAGGGUUUAUGUCUUCCCUUUUUUUAAAAAAAAAGUAAAUGUAACUAAAAAUUCCUUCCAGUAAUCAAGGUCUGAACAGUUUUUGAGGCUUGGAAUACAUAGCAACAUAAAGGUAAUUAAAACAGCAGCCUUGCAUCUUUUAAAGCAGAAAAAAAAGGCAAAGAAAAUGGAAUGGGUGAUGUGGUACUAGAAUUUUAAUCCUGAUAUAAUUCAUUUCUGUUACAUUGAGGAUUCAAUCAUAAUUAAGCCAUAUACACAGAUUAAAUUAACAGAAGCAUUUCAAAUAAAUGUUGGUUUCAGUCAUCAACUACCCAUGAAUUCCUGCCCAAGGAUACUUAAUCAGGAUUAAAUUUUCUAUGAAUAAUUGAAAAACAAAAUACUCACUGGAUUUGUUAUAAUCCAUGUUGGCACUGGGUUCUAAGUAGUUGCCAUCUUCCAUCCAUUGUAAUAAAGCCAUUCUACUUUGUGAUGCCCUAGCAUCCAGAAAGCCAGUGUAAAUAUAUACUUUAUUGAAGUGCCUAUUUAUAGAGUAUGAUUAAAUCAUGCUGACACUUUUUUCUUUCAUAAUAAGAACAUACCUAUUGCCAUUGUGAGUGAAAUUUUUCAUUUUGGAUUUAGCUUAGUUUAAACUUCAUACAUGUGUGUUUCUUCACAAAAUGGAUUUUAUUUUCUAGUAAAUCAAUGUUUGCUUCUUCUUAA